AGUACCACAGACCAGGCAGUCCUUAAUGGACAAGCAAGACCAACCUCCUCUCACCAAGGGAAGAAAGAAAAGCUCCUGUGAAAUCCAUCGCCUUGGGGAGGCUUCACACUGACCAAGCACUGGAAAGAGAACAAGAACGCAGGUUUCCUGUGCCUCCCUCCAGCUCUCCUUCUACAAGCUACGUGUGUGUGAAGGCUGCUCAAAAAUGUCAGAGACUUCCUCCCACGACUCCUUCUAUGAUUCCUUAUCAGACAUGCAGGAAGAGGGCAAAAGUGCUGACUUCUUCCCAGGGCUCUCUGCGUUUCUCAGCCAGGAAGAAAUAAACAAAAGUCUCGACCUGGCCCGCAGAGCUAUAGACAACUCUGAAACUGAAGACUUUGACUCCGAAAAGGAGAUCUCGCAGAUUUUCAGCAAAUCUCCUAAAAGCCUCUGCAAAACUCCUUCCCACGAGGAGACCAAAUCCAGAGAGCAGACUCCCUCAGAAGGACCUCAGCAUAACAGGACAGCACCUGUCCAGCCUCUGGCAGGGGAGCAUGCUGAAAAGAUCACUUCCCCAGCUUCAAGGAGAAAACCUGGGGUAUCACCCCUGCUGGCCAGCCCCAGCUACAUCCGGAGCCUCCGCAAGGCUGAAAAACGAGGUGCAAAAAUUCCCAAUCCAAGUGCAAAGCCCAAAGCUGCCCCACAAAGCAAAGACGGCUCCCAGAACCAACUUUGCGACAAGGCGGCGAGUUUCAUUGAGGAGCUGACUUCUAUAUUUAGAGAGGCAGCGAAGCCAAGAAACAGAAGCCCAAAUGGUGAGUCCUCAUCACCAGACAGUGGGUAUCUGUCUCCUAAAAAUCAGCCUUCAACUCUGACGAGUCCCUCGGUCAGUCAGAGCCCCACUGGAGACCAGCUAGACCAACAGGAGAUGGAAGCAGAGGUCAAGCUAGCCCAGGGCAGCCUUUGCUACCAGGCCCAACAAGCCCCGGAAGAGGACUUGGCACACACCCACAUCCCUCACCCACAGCCCCAGAAAGCCCGUCACUUGCCUUCUGCCCCUCGCUUCAUCCAGAAGCUGAGGAGCCAAGAAGUCGCUGAAGGAAGCAGAGUUUAUUUGGAGUGUAGGGUCACUGGAAACCCAACACCCCGAGUCAGAUGGUUCUGUGAAGGGAAGGAGCUGUUCAACAGUCCUGACAUUCAGAUCCAGGGUGACGGUGCGGAACUACACACCUUGGUCAUUGCUGAGGCCUUUGAGGACGACACAGGUCGCUACUCGUGUCUGGCUACAAACCCCAGCGGCUCAGACACCACAUCCGCCGAGGUGUUCAUUGAAGGAGCCAGUUCAACGGAUUCUGACAGUGAGAGCUUACCUUUCCUAUCAAAAGCUGGAGCUAUGCCACAAGCUCAAAAGAAAACAACUUCCGUUUCCUUGACGAUAGGAUCCUCAUCCCCCAAGACAGGAGUGACCACAGCUGUGAUUCAGCCCUUAUCUGUGCCUGUGCAACAGGUUCACAGUCCGACUUCGUAUCUCUGCCGACCUGAUGGAGCCACCAUGGGCUGUCUUCUUCCUGUUUUCACUAAGGAACUACAGAAUAUAGUAGCCUCCGAGGGCCAGGUGGUGGUCCUGGAAUGCCGGGUCAGAGGAGCACCACCGAUGCAGGUCCAGUGGUUCCGGCAAGGGAGUGAAAUCCACGACUCUCCAGACUUCAGAAUUCUCCAGAAAAAACCUAGAUCGGCAUCUGAGCCCGAGGAGAUCUGCACCCUUGUCAUUGCUGAGAGCUUUCCUGAGGAUGCGGGCAUCUUUACCUGCUCAGCCAGAAAUGACUACGGGUCAGUGACAAGCACUGCGCAGCUUCUCGUCACCUCAGCCAACUCUGAGAACUGUAGCUAUGACUCAAUGGGAGACGGCAACAGUGAUCAAGACCACCACUUCCCGCCUCCCCCUCCAAUCCUGGAGACAGGUUCCUACGAGCUGUCGUUGCAGAAACCACCUGAAAUCCAGCAGGUGAACAGCCCCGACUUAGGACUUAACAUGGCGGCCCUUCAAAUGCAAUUCAACUCGGCAGAGAGGGAAACCAAUGGAGUUCAUCCCGGCCACGGAGUCAACGGGCUGAUUAAUGGCAAAGCUUACGGCAAUAAAUCUCCUCCAACACCAGCUGCCCUGCUUUCGCCCACUAAGGAACCACCACCUCUGCUUGCCAAACCCAAACUGGGAUUUCCGAAGAAGGCCAGCAGAACUGCUAGAAUAGCCUCCGAUGAGGAGAUUCAAGGCACAAAGGAUGCUGUCAUUCAAGACCUGGAGCGGAAACUUCGCUUCAAGGAGGACCUUCUGAACAAUGGCCAGCCGAGGCUAACCUAUGAGGAAAGAAUGGCUCGCCGCCUGCUCGGUGCUGACAGUGCAAAUGUCUUCAGCGUCCAAGAGCCAGAAGACACAGCAGCCAAUCAGGACGCUGGGGCUCCUCGGGCUUCUGUAGGGAGUCCUCUGGAUGGUCAAAAGGAGUACAAAGUCUCCAGCUGCGAACAGAGACUGAUUAGUGAGAUAGAGUACCGGCUGGAGCGCUCUCCGGUGGAUGAGUCCGGCGACGAGGUGCAGUACCCGGAAGUGCCUGCCGAAAGUGCGGCAGCACCCUUCUUCGAGAUGAAGCUGAAACAUUACAAGAUCUUUGAGGGGAUGCCUGUGACUUUCACGUGUCGAGUGGCUGGGAAUCCAAAGCCAAAGAUCUACUGGUUUAAAGAUGGGAAGCAGAUCUCCCCGAAGAGCGAUCACUAUAUCAUUCAGAGAGACCUCGAUGGGACCUGCUCUCUCCACACCACCGCCUCCACCCUAGAUGAUGACGGGAAUUACACCAUCAUGGCUGCCAACCCUCAGGGUCGUGUCAGUUGUACAGGACGGCUAAUGGUACAGGCUGUCAACCAAAGAGGUCGCAGUCCCCGCUCUCCCUCGGGCCAGCCUCAUGCCAGAAGGCCUCGCUCUCGAUCAAGGGACAGUGGAGAUGAAAACGAGCCCAUUCAGGAGCGAUUCUUUAGACCUCAUUUCCUGCAGGCUCCUGGAGAUCUGACCGUCCAAGAAGGCAAGCUAUGCAGGAUGGACUGCAAGGUCAGCGGAUUACCGACCCCGGAUCUCAGCUGGCAACUAGACGGGAAGCCCAUACGCCCUGACAGCGCUCACAGGAUGCUGGUCCGUGAGAAUGGGGUGCACUCCCUCAUUAUAGAACCAGUCACAUCCCGGGAUGCCGGCAUCUACACAUGCAUUGCCACCAACAGAGCCGGACAGAACUCUUUUAACCUGGAGCUUGUGGUUGCUGCUAAAGAAGCACACAAGGCCCCCGUGUUUAUUGAGAAGCUGCAAAACACAGGGGUAGCUGAUGGGUAUCCAGUGAGGCUGGAAUGCCGAGUUUUGGGAGUACCACCCCCUCAGAUAUUUUGGAAGAAAGAAAACGAAUCACUCACCCACAGCACUGAGCGAGUAAGCAUGCACCAGGAUAAUCACGGCUACAUCUGCCUGCUCAUUCAGGGAGCCACAAAAGAAGACGCUGGGUGGUACACUGUAUCCGCCAAGAAUGAGGCGGGCAUUGUGUCCUGCACUGCCAGGCUGGACGUCUACACCCAGUGGCAGCAGCCGCCACAGACCACCAAGCCAAAAAAAGUACGGCCCUCGGCCAGUCGCUACGCAGCACUUUCGGACCAGGGACUAGACAUCAAAGCCGCUUUCCAACCUGAAGCAAGCCCAUCUCACCUGGCAGUGAACAGCGGCUUGGUAGAAAGUGAGGACCUGUGAUUGGCACCCCGUUAAAGCUGAAAACUGAUUGUCAUUGCUUUGACCAACAUACUCGUCUGUCACACUAUGUAAAAGACAGAAGUAUACUUUUGACUUUAAGAAAUUUUUAAAAAAAACCACCAAAAUCAUAUUUUUCUUACUUGAUAGAGAAUCUAAGUAGGUGAUGCUUAUAGAAACGUACACAUUGCACAGAAAACUCACAGCUGUUGUCCAGGUUAGAACUUACAGAACUGUUGUGAUUCAAAUGGUCUGAAAUGCCAAAAUGCCGAAAGAAAUCAACUAUUCAAAGGUAACCACGAUUUAAGUUACCUACAAGUGCCUUCAAACACAAGCUAUAGGUGCUAUCGUGUGGUGGCGUGGGAUGUUAGAUGCUACAGGGACUUAAGGUGCAGGGUGUACAGAUGGCUCCCGUGAACCACGUGCAAUAGGGAAGGGUGGGAAUGAAAACCGUGACGAAAUCCGAGUGACGCCUUGUCUUUGCAAACUGCUUGUGUCAAAUCAGGAAGGAGGAAUUCCUUGCCUUCAAUUUCAUCCAUAUCACUUUUCUUUUUAUGCUACUUCAGUAUGAAGCUUCCUUACAAUUCGUAUUAACUACUAAGUCAAACUUAAACAAUUGAAAGUGUUCUCUAGAAAGUCGAGAUGAUUCACAGUUCAUUCCAGAAGAGGCAUCGGAACCACCCAAAUGACCAAGGCAGGAUAUAUUCGGAGGGAAGGGGUUUGGAAGGCAGAGAAAGAAUGAAGGAAGGAAUUGCUACCCACACAGGGAUCUCAGAUCCAGGUUAGAGGAAAGCAUCGGGAGUAGGCCAGGCUCCUCUUUGGUUUUCUUCUAAACCUUAAAAUCAUAGAUGCAAAAACACCGCCGUUAGCCAGUCAAGGACUCUGGGGGUCAUCUGGAAGUCUGGAGCGCGUGUGUGGUGAGGACUUCCACGUAGCUGAGUGUGUAGUUGAUGACGUUAGUGUGUAGAGUAAGUUGGACAUGGUUGAGAUUGCAGGGGUGGCAUGAACGAGAAGUAGCCUAUAGGGUCUAGUCUGCCUGAGGGAAAUGGAUUCUUUAGGGACAAAAAUAAGCUAGUGCUACAAUGAGUUUCUUUUCCGUUGGCACUAAGAGGUGGUGAACGGAAACUUCUAGUUCCGUUCGCUUCCCUGAUGCCAUGGAACCUAGCCUAAGAAGGGUCAGGCUCGGAGCACCUACAAGGCCAAGCUGCAAAGACCGCUUUUUGAUUCUGCAUCAGCUAAAUGGAGUCGAUUCUGACCAGACUUGAUGACUUUUAAGUCGGAACCAAUAUUUUUCUUUUUUAAAUGAGAGGAAAUAAUUUGGCCUGAUAGUAUGAAACAUGAGGCUUUAAUGGUACUUUGCUAUGAGAAGAAAGCACUGUGUUCCUCAUGCAAAACCCGUCUAUUGUUCAUUAUUUAUAAAGUGUCGAACGCUCUUAGCUCAUUUACUCAACCCUUGCACCGUACUUCGAGCAAUCUUGUGUCUGUGACCACCCCAUGUAUUCCAUAUUACUAUUCCACAUGCACAGCCUUCUCCUUCUGUAAGGACACCAACCAACUGAGCUUCAGCAGGCUUGGGCACUACGUGCAGAUGUUCUAUACAGUGUGGCACAAGACUCUGCCCACACACACAUUGCUAAUGGGGGAUUUAAGUAACCAUGCAGGGUCUUAUGGACCUAUCUCUGUUGUAGAAUUGUGACCUAUAUUAUAUCAUACUUGCCAAAUUUUUCUGAAUGUGACUUUUGUUUUUUUUUUUGCUAAUUUGCUGGGCUUGGGAUUAACUAGCAUUCUUUUGCUACCUUUUAUGUUGUAUUUAUGAAAAAACAUUUAAAAAAACAAAGUACUGCCAUACUUUGGAUUGUUGUGCUGUUGUAAUGUGGACUUAACAUCAAUAAAUAAAUAUUUAA